AUGCCCGAAAGUCUUGCACGCAAACGCUUGACUUCUAUUGCUAAAAACGUUGCCACGUGUUCAACUCAAGCCUCGGUAUACGCCGCUUGUGUGAUUAAUCAUACUGACUUGAAAAAAGAUUCUUGUCUGAAAGAAUUUCUUGCGUUAAAAGAUUGUGUACAAAAAGCAGCAUUGAAAAAUGAUUCCGUUGCAAUCAACCCGUCAAAUGAAAGUGUUGGAUCAUAUAAAAUCGAAGGGAAAAUCAUUGUCCCACCUGGUGACAAUGCACUUCAAAACACAAGAAUUUUAGUGGAUGAAGGCCUCUAUGUUGGUAUUCCACAAGUUGAUGGAACAUUCACCAUUUGCGGUGUACCAAGUGGUUCAUAUAUUGUUUCUGUUGUCUCACCAAUGCAUGUUUUUGAGCCUGUUCGUGUUGAUAUCAAUGCUAAAGGUAAAAUUCGUGCUCGUAAAGUCAAUUUCAUUCAACCAGGCGAAGUUGUGACAAUGAAAUAUCCAUUGAAUUUCGAAACUCAUGGUAUACCAAACUAUUUUCAAAAACGUGAAGUCUAUCGUCUCACCGAUGUGAUUAUGAAUCCCAUGUUUCUAACAUUACUUGUCCCAUUAGCUCUGCUACUCAUUCUACCUAAAAUAGCAUCACAGGAUCCUGAAAUGCAACGGGAUUUACAACAAGCAAGUAAUUUCCUCCAGCCGAAUUUGAAUACGCCUGAUAUUGGUGAUAUGUUCGCUAAUAUUUUUGGUGGUCCUAAGAAGCAAAAGCCUACACAGCAACAAAUUCAAAAUGGUGCGAGUGGUGGCGCAUCAGGUCCACAACAGAGACGAAGAAACGAACCAGCGGUUAGACGUCGAAAUUAA